CCGGUUUCCGGUUCCGGCGGAGCGGAGGAGCGGCGGCGGUGGCGAUGGCGGCGGCGGCGGCUGCGGUGGGGCGGCUAUGGCGCCGCAGCGCCUCUGACUAGGCUAUGGCGGCUCCGCACACCGAGAAGCUGGAGGGAGGCGUCCCGGCCCCGCCGCCCCCGCCGGGGCCCCCGCACCCUGCGGGAAGCGCCGCUACCGGCGGACCCGGCCGAAAACAGGGGAAGGCAGGGCUGCAGAUGAAGAGCCCCGAGAAGAAGCGGCGCAAAUCCAACACGCAGGGUCCCGCCUAUUCGCACCUCUCGGAGUUCGCGCCGCCGCCCACCCCCAUGGUGGAUCACUUGGUGGCCUCCAACCCCUUCGAGGAUGACUUCGGGGCCCCCAAAGUGGGGGCCGCUCCCGCCCCCUUCAUGGGCAGUCCGGUACCGUUCGGCGGCUUCCGCGUCCAGGCAGGGAUGUCGCCGCAGGUCCCUCCCGGUUACGGUGGGGGUCCGCAACCCUUGCGGAGGCAACCGCCGCCGCCCUUUGCCCCCGGGCAGAUGGGUCCAGCCUUCGGCAUGCCCCCUCAGAACCCCAACUACGUCCAGCCCGGGGGCAUGAGCUUCCCCGGGCAGCCUUUCAGCCAGCCCCUCGGACAGAACUUCAGCCCCCCCACGGGGCAGCUCAUGCAGGGCCCCGUCGGGGGCUUCGGGCCUAUGAUUUCCCCGACCAUGGGGCAGCCUCCCCCCCGAGGAGACAUGGGCCCUGGGCCAGCCCUCAACCCCCCCGGAGGGCCAGCAGCGGUGGCUCAGCGCUUCAGCCAACCUGGCAGCCUCUUUGGACAGUCGCCCCUGCAGCGCCCCGGGCAGAACAUGCCCCCUCUGACCCCCACCGCCAGCCCCUUCCCCGGGGCUGAUCCCGGCUUCCCUACCGGCAACGAAGAAGGGGGGAAGAACCUCAACGCCCCCCCCAGCACCUUUGCUCAGGAGCAGCACUCAGGCUCCCCUGCUGCCGUCAACGGGGCACAGCCUGGCUUCGCCCCCCCCAACAGCGCCAGCCGCGGUGCCAGCACCCCCGAAGCCAACAGCCUCCCUCCGCCGCCCGCGCCUGGCAAGGCGGCAGGGGGCUCUGGGCACCAACCCCCCCCGGGGCUGGUGUACCCCUGCGGGGCCUGCCGCAACGAGGUGAACGACGACCAAGAUGCUAUCUUGUGCGAGGCCUCCUGCCAGAAGUGGUUCCACCGGGAGUGCACCGGGAUGACGGAGAACGCCUACGGGCUGCUGACCACCGAGGCCUCCGCCGUCUGGGCCUGCGACUUCUGCCUCAAGACCAAGGAGAUCCAAUCGGUGUACGUGCGGGAGGGCAUGGGACAGCUGGUGGCUGCCAACGAGGGCUGAGCUGCCCUCCCGCCGCCCUCUACAGCUUCCUCCCCGCCCCCCGCGCACACACGCACCGGGCUAGGACCAAACCCCCUCUUUUGUAGUCGUCGCUACCUUCCCUGUCAGACAGAGAGGCGAUGCCAGCUGCCUGCCGCUUGUCCCUGGGCACCAAUUGCAGCUCCUUCCUGGGCACCGGCUGCAGCUCCUUCCUGGGCACCGGCUGCAGCUCCUUCCUGGGCACCGGCUGCAGCUCCUUCCUGGGCACCGGCUGCAGCUCCUUCCUGGGCACCGGCUGCAGCUCCUUCCUGGGCACCGGCUGCAGCUCCUUCCUGGGCACCGGCUGCAGCUCCUUCCUGGGCACCGGUUGCAGCUCCUUCCUGGGCACCAGCUGCAGCUCCUCCAUGGGCACUGGUUGCAGCUCCUUCCUGGGCACCAGCUGCAGCUCCUCCAUGGGCACUGGUUGCAGCUCCUUCCUGGGCACCAGCUGCAGCUCCUCCCUGGGCACCGGCUGCAGCUCCUCCAUGGGCACUGGUUGCAGCUCCUUCCUGGGUGCCAGCUGCAGCUCCUUCGUGGGCACCGGGUGCAGCUCUUCCCUGGGCACUGGCUGCAACCCCCUCCAUGGCCAACAGCUGCUGCUUCUCCGUGGGCACUGGCUGCAGUUCCUCCCUAGGCACUGGCUGUAGUUCCUCCCUAAGCACUGGCUGCCACUUCUCCCUGGGUACCAGCUGCAACUCCUCCAUGGGCACCUGUUGCAGCUCUUCCUUGGAUGCCAGCUGCUGCUCCUCCAUGGGCUACAGCUGCAGCUCCUCCCUGGGCACCGGCUGCCACUCCUCUGAGGGCACCGGUUGUAGCUCUUCCCUGGAUGCCAGCUGCCACUCCUCCCCCUGGGCACUGACUGCUGCUCCUCUCUGGGCCGGUGGUGGCUGUGCCACUGCCAGCCCCUUCCUGUGGGGCAGGUUCUAGCCUUGCUGCAGCAGCCCUCGGGGGCUGAGGCUCCCCCGUGCCACCCCAGCAGUGCCAAGUGGGGUCAGUGCCAUGCCAGGGGUUGAGGACAGUCUGGUCCUUACCGCCAGCCAUGACCCCCCUGGAGCUCUGCAGCCAUCCCGGGGUGGCUCCUCCACAUGCUCGGGAUGGGUCCGGUGCUUCCCAUUCACCUGCCCCGGUGCUCGGGAUGCUGCCGGUGGCUCCCCAGCGGCCCCCCCCCUCGCCCCCAACCACCCCCCCAAGUUUAUUCGAUCAUUAAUGGAAACUUUUGUACCGUGGCUAUAAAGCUCUGAACCGUG